AUGCUUGCUGCGCAGCAAAUUCAGACCGGCCAGCAAAACGUGAGAGGAAUAAACGGUUAUUCCAAUAAGGGGGAGAGGCAUUAUUUUACACAUGUCACUGUUUCUUUCGUUUCUUGGCCCAAUCUAGACAGCUAUAUUCAGGAUGGAAUAGUGAAGGAUGGUCUCACAGACGCUUACGAUUUAUGUCAUAUGGGAAACUGUGGAGAGAAAACUGCGAAGGAAUUAGAAAUCUCUAGAGAUGCUCAGGAUCAGUAUGCCAUUGGAAGUUACAAGAAAUCUGCAGCGGCCUGGAGCGGCGGAAUCAUGUCAGCUGAGGUAGUGCCUGUAACUGUGAAGAGUCGCAAAGGAGAUGUCAUUGUAGACUCAGAUGAAGAGUAUAAAAAGGUCGAUUUUGAUAAGCUGAAGAAGCUAAAAACUGUCUUCAAGAAAGAUGGAACAGUUACUGCUGGCAAUGCAUCUACCUUGAAUGACGGUGCCGCUGCAGUGCUUUUGGCAAGUUCCGAGGCAGUCAAGGAGCACGGAUGCAAACCUCAAGCCAAGAUAGUUGCGUUUGCUGACGCAGCGACGAAUCCACUCGACUUUGCCCUUGCACCUCCUAUGGUUGUGAUCAAGGUACAUAAUUCACUGUUUUACUACUGUGUGAGGCAUUGCUUACAAAGCAGUGGUUUGAAGAUGACCGAAAUCGAUCAUUGGGAAGUGAACGAAGCGUUUUCUGUUGUGCCUUUGGCAUUCAUCAAACAAGUAGGGUGUGACGAGGAGAAGGUGAACCCGCAUGGAGGAGCAGUUUCAAUCGGUCAUCCCAUCGGAAUGUCCGGCGCUCGCCUUAUCACACAUCUCGUGCAUGUGUUGAAACCAGGUCAGAAAGGCUUGGCUGCCAUUUGCAAUGGAGGAGGCGGUGCUAGUGGAAUGAUUAUAGAGAAGCUGUGA